AUGGCCGACAUCCCGUCCCUCCUCCUCGCCUCUCUCGACCCACACAACAGAAAACAAGCAGAACAGUCUCUGCAGGCCUACAGCCUCCAACCUUCCUUCACGACCAACCUCCUCCAGCUCGUCCUCGCCCCCUCCCAAAACCGCGCCGUCAGACUCGCGGGCAGUGUCUACCUCAAGAACCUCGUCAAGGGCCGAUGGUUCGAUGAUGACGAAAACACGGUGUCGGACGCGGACAAGGCGGCGCUCAAGGCUCAACUCCUCCCUGCCAUGCUCGCGCUCUCUGCACAGUCGGAUAGGGGCCUCAGAGCGCAGAUCGCGGAGACGGUGACAAUCGUGGCGAAGUAUGAUUUCCCGCAUGCGUGGCCUGAUCUUAUGGAUCAAAUCGUCUCCUCCCUCUCCGCCACCGAUUUCACCCUCAACAUCUCCGUCCUCGAAACCGCACACUCCAUCUUCGCCCCCUGGCGCUCCGAAACCCGCUCCGACUCCCUCUUCAGCACCAUCAUCAUGGUCAUCCAAAAGUUCUUCGCACCCUUCCAUCAGCUGUUCGAGCACACCUUCACCCAAAUCUCCUCCGCUCCCCCUUCGACGACAAAAGAACAGAAGGAGCAGUUGGAGACGUAUGGGCAGACGAUGGCGUUGUUGUGCGAGAUUUAUUAUGAUUUGACGUGUCAGGACGUCGCGCCGGAGUUUGAGGAUCUGCAUGCGAGGUUUUUUGAUGCGAGUGAGGGGUGGUUUUUGAAGUUGAUGGCUUGGGAUCCGAAGGAGUUGGAAGUUGAUCCAGACGACGUUACGCCGUCGAUCCCCAACAAGAUCCGGACAUCGAUUCUCGAGAUCGCCGAGAUGUACGUAAAACUCUACCCCGAACUCCUCGCCUCAACCUCCUCCAUCGAAGCCUUCAUCCACACAAUCUGGUCCCUCCUCUCUCCCUCCUCCUCCUCCUCCUCCUCCUCCUCCUCCUCCCACCUCCCCCUAACCCCCUCCACCUCCCCCCUAACCUCCCAAUCCCUCCGUUUCCUCUCCACCUCCAUCCGCUCCGGCACCUCCACCCCUCUCUUCCUCCUCCCCUCCACGCUCCACUCUUUGAUCUCGGGCAUCAUCGUGCCGACGGUAGAGAUGAGGGAGGAGGAGAUGGAGAGGUUUGAGGAUGGGCCGUUGGGGUGGGUUAGGGAGGGGAUGGGGGGUGUGGAGGUUGUGGGGGCGAGGGGGAGUGCGGGGGAUUGUGUGAGGGCGCUUGUGGGUGGGGGAGAAAAACCGGGAGGAGCGAAGGAGGUGAUGGAGGUUGUGGGGGGGUGGAUUGGGAGGGGGUUGGAGGAGGCGAAGGCGAAUUCGGGGGGCGAGGGGUGGAGGAAGAAGGAUGCGGCGAUUUAUUUGUUUGAGAGUGUGGCGGCUUUGGGGUCGACGAGUACGAUGGGCGUAACAUCAACGAACCCACUCGUGGACAUCGUCCAGUUCUUCAGCGAUAACAUCUUCGCGGACCUCCAGGCGGACCCGGGCAGUGUCCAUCCGAUAUUGCAGGUCGAUGCGAUUAGGUAUUUGUGGACUUUUAGGAAUCAGCUCACGAAAGAACAACUCCUCUCCGUCCUCCCCCUUCUCGCGCGUCAUCUGGCCUCGGACAACGUCGCGGUGUAUACCUAUGCGGCGGUGGCUAUUGAUAGGAUAUUGGUGAUUCGGAGUGGGAAUGUUCCGAUGUUCACACACGUCGACGUUCAAGAAUUCGCGCCGCAGUUGCUCGGAAUCCUUUUUGCGAAGAUGGAGGCGGGCGGAAGUCCGGAGAAGGUCGCGGAGAAUGAGUUUUUGAUGAGAUGCGCAAUGCGACUCAUCGCGACCUCGCGACAUACCCUCAUCGACGGGUACGAAGCCCUCCUUGCCCGGCUCGUCAAUAUCCUCGGUAUCAUCUCGAAGAACCCGAGUAAUCCGAACUUCGAUCAGUAUAUAUUCGAGAGCGUUUCGAUGUUGAUUCGGUUCGUGGGGCCUAAUAAACCGGGGUCGAUCGUGGUGCUGGAGAGUUUCUUGUUUGAUCCUUUCACGUACAUCAUCCAGCAGGAUAUCGACCAAUACAUCCCCUACGUCUUCCAAAUCCUCGCCCAAAUGCUCGACCUCCACACCGGCGUCCCGACCGCCUACCGCGCCCUCCUCCCACACCUCCUCAUGCCCGCAAUCUGGCAACAAAAAGGGUCCGUGCCCGGGCUCGUGAAGCUCCUCAAAGCCUUUUUAGCGCGCGACUCGGCACAGAUGGUGCAGACGGGGAGUUUUACGAGCGUGUUGGCGGUGGUGCAGCAGAGGCUGAUUCCGAGUAAGUUGAAUGAUGGAUGGGGAUUUGAGUUGUUGCAGGCUGUUGUGAGUUAUGUGCCGAUGUCGGCACUGGGCCAGUACCUCAAGCCGAUCUUCCUCACGCUCCUUACGAGGCUGCAGACGAGCAAGACGGAUCUCUACGUGUACAAUUUCGUGUAUUUCCUCAUGUACUGUAUGGCCGUCCAAACGGACGGACUGACGCCGGACGUCGUGAUUGGUGCGAUGGAGUCCAUGCAACCUGGGCUAUGGUCUCAAAUCUGCACGACGUUUGUUGUAGCACAGACGCCGAAGAUGUUGGCGAAGGAUCGGAAAUUGGCCGUUGUUGGGCUUACGAAGAUGCUCACGCAAAGCUCGACGAUGCUUCAAGAACCAAACGUCAACGCCUGGCCCUCCGCCUUCGAAGGUCUCGUCGAACUCUUCAAAGACCCGAAAGUCUUCACCUCUCCCUCCGCGGCAGACAACGAUGCCUCCCUCACAGCGAUCGACUUCGAGGAACAGUCCGCAGGGUACCAAGCCGCGUACUCGAAGCUCGCGGGCGCAGAGAACGCGCCGGUCGAUCCUGUGGCGUACGUCACCGAUGUAAGGGACUUCGUCGGGAAGGAGCUGGAGAGGCUCGUUAAGGCGGAGCCGGGUGUGAGGGGGUUGAUGGGGAGUGCGAGGGCGGAGGUCGUGGAGCCGUUUGUGGUGGGGAUGACUGGGGCGGGGUAUGGGUUGACUUGAACUGAAAUGAAAUGAGUAAAGGUGGGAGCCGGGCGAGUGAGAGAAGGCAAUUUUUUGUUGUUGUAUCACAUACUUAGGUGCUGGGAAUGUGUGGCAUUGUUAUAGGUAGGUACUCUCAGUAUGGAAAUCCAAGCAGCUCCUUAGAAUAUGAGAAGUUAUGAUCGGAGUUUGUCGUGGCUUGCUGCUUACUGUAGUACUAAUUAGUGCUGAGCCUCAGACAAGUUCAGUCAAGUUCC